GACGUCGUGUGGCGUCGUCAGCGGCUCUCGACCCAGUUGUUCAGUCGGAGUCAGAGCAGGAGGAGGAGGAGGGAGCGUUAAUGUCGGCAGUUACUCUGGAAUAAACACACAUUAAAGGUUGUUCUAGCAACAGAGUGAACCUUCCUCCACACCAUGUCCCAGGACAAGAGUGGAUACCCUGUUAUGGGUGAGAACAACCCACUUCAUAACAACGUCUAUGGACCCCCUCAGCCAGGUUUUGGCAUGCCCCCUCCCAACUACGGCCAAGCCCCAGGGGGUCCAUACCCACCAGCAGCUGGCUACGGACAGCCGGGCUUUCCCCAGGCAGGUCCAGGUUUCGCCCCUGGUCCCUACCCUCAGAUGCCUUACCCUCAGAUGCCCUACCCACAGGGACCCUACCCACAGGGGCCUUAUCAGCAAGGAGUCGCACAACCAGGCUUUCCCGGUGACCCCACAGCACCUGCCGGCAGCCCUGGUUACCAUGGUGAUGGGCCUCCAUCUUACUACGACAACGAGGAGUUCACCAACUCUGGCUUUGAGGACAAGACCAUCCGGCAAGCCUUCAUCAGAAAAGUCUUCAUGGUUCUCACAGUGCAGCUGCUGGUCACCUUCUCCUUCGUUGCUGUCUUCACCUUUGUCGAUGAGGCCAAGUACUUUGUGCGACGUAAUCCAUGGACAUACUAUGUGUCAUAUGCAGUAUUCUUCGUGUCUCUGAUCGUCCUCAGCUGUUGUGGAGAGUUCCGCCGCAAGCAUCCCUGGAACUUGGUUGCAUUGUCCAUCCUGACCCUGAGCCUCUCCUACAUGGUGGGCAUGAUCGCCAGCUUCUAUGACACAGAAACGGUCAUCAUGGCUGUGGGCAUCACUGCUGUGGUCUGCUUCACUGUUGUGAUCUUCUCACUACAGAGCAAGUAUGACUUCACUUCCUGUUGGGGCGUGCUGCUUGUGUGCAUGAUCGUGCUGUUGCUCUUCUCCUUCCUCUGCAUGUUCAUCCGCCACAAGAUCCUGCACAUCGUUUAUGCCUCACUGGGGGCCCUGCUCUUCACCUGCUUUUUGGCCGUGGACACUCAGCUUCUCCUGGGCAACAAGAAGCUGGCUCUGAGUCCAGAGGAGUACGUUUUUGCUGCCCUCAACCUCUACACUGACAUCAUCAACAUUUUCCUCUACAUCCUGGCCAUUGUGGGACGCACCCGCGAAUGAGGCUGCAUAUUAAAGAGAACAGGAGGGAGAUGUAGAAUGUCUCCCAUAUUGUGAAAUAUUGCUAACAUGCUCUCUAACACCUUUAACUUUUUCUUCACUUUUUUUUCCUCCUGUGACACUCUUCAUUUCCUUUAUUAUCACACACUUUUUUAGCAGGCAGUUGUGUAGUGGAACAGAUUCAGCCUGUCAUAUAAAUCCACUUGAGAGGGACUCUUAUUUAUUUAACACAAAUCUCGCCAUUAAUGAUAAAAUAAUAUUGAUUUUCUCAAUUUUGAACACUCCGCUUGCUGUAACUGUGCCCUGCUUCCUACUAACACAGAUGGCUACAUUACCUAUCCCCCUACUUUGAGUUUGGCUCGGCUCAUAAAGUGUAGUGGAUGCUUGGCACUCAGCCUGGCCUUACUGCAGGGAUUAAACAGAAAAAAUAGCGGGUAAGGUAUCCGUAGCACCUAAUAUUGAUGCAAACCAGCUUUGUCUGAAGAGAAGAGGUUAGCUCUAGAAAUACCUUUCCUUAAAUCCGUCUGUUUUCCCAAACGUCCCUCUCUCUUUGAGCCUGCUGGUGUAAAGUAUCUCUGCAUGGCAACAUUGGAAGUACACCUAAAGAUAUGUGAUGGUUCUUUAGAGCUACCAGAGGACUACCUCUAGCUUGCUUGUCACAGCUGUAAAUAGUUAAGUGUAUUACUAUAUAGGAUGCCAGUAUCCCCCUCUGCCCUUCAAAGGCAUGCUGGAGUGAUUCGUAUGGAUGUGUUGCUUUUUGGGACAAAUCGCUCCGAUCGCAGAACUUCACUUACCCAGUACAUUAACUAACUUUUAAUGGCGAAUGAAAGAUUGAAAGUCAAUGUUGGAUGUAUAUGACAUGAACAUAAAUUAGUAUUUGUAAACUAUAUAUUCUUACAGAAUAUCUUUUCAACAGGAAGAAAAUUUAUGUUUUGAAAUUAUUUCUAUGAUUGCAAAGCUGAGAUAUCCUCUUGCCUUUUUUUCUUUCUUUACUGUCCUCACUUAUUUCCCCUCAUCUGGUCAUGAACGUGAAGUGAAAAUUUAGUGCUGUAUUCAUUUUUUUCUCAUCACCACCAAUGUGAACUAAAGUUGAAGUAUUGACCACUUCUAUAUACCAAGCUGAUCCAAGUUUCAGAAGUUCUGAAAUGUAACUAUUGUGAAGUAGAUGGAUAAUGGACUUAUAACUUACCUAUUUAUUGAGCUUGAUGUAGAUAAUAGGGUUGCUUUGAAGCUGCUUUGAGGUGGUGUUUAAGAAAACAGUGUUGUUUGGAUAAAGGUUUCAUUACUUAUUGUGAUUGUAAAACCAUCACAUUCUGGUGCACUCGCAAGCUAAAGGAAUCAACAUACACUGGAAGCCAAAAAUAUCACUACACAUAAACACACAACUUGAAUGAUAUUUAACAUGAACACAUUUUAUUUAUUAUGUAACUUCUGUUUUAAUUUUUCACCUCUUGCAUGACCCUCUCCUAUCAUUUGCAUGUGCUGAUAAUGCACAUUGUACAGGUUCUCCUGUUUUGGAGAGACACAGUGAUGUUUGGCAGCCCUGUUAGACUUUUUUUUUUAACUCUUGUGUUUGACUCUAACUAACGUGUAUGUGUACAUAGAACUCCUUAGUGGUUUGAUGUGUAUAGAUAAAGUAAAUACAUUUUGGGGCUUUAUAGGUCUGUUUGCAUUGUAUAUUUGCAAUGACUCAAAGUGGAACUGCAUUCCUCUACACUGCUGUUCGCUUUUCAUUAAAACUGAUACAAUGUAAAGGUGUCGAACUAUGUUUGUAUUU